AUGAAGAACUCACUAACCCUACUACCCCUCAUCUUACUAAUCCUCCCAAAACCAUCAUUCACACAACCCAUACCCCAAACCCAAUUCCCAAACCCUAGACUCUUCAAUGCCUACAUAGCCCUCCAAGCUUGGAAACACGUUAUCACGGCCGAUCCCCUGAACUUCACGUCGAACUGGAUCGGAUGCAACGUGUGCAACUACACCGGAAUCUACUGUGCUCCGGCCCCAGACGACCCACGGGCCACCACAGUAGCUGGAGUUGACCUCAACCAUGCGUCCCUCUCCGGAUGGCUCCCGCCCGAUCUUGCCCUGUUGACCGAUCUCGCCCUCUUCCACGUCAACUCCAAUCGUUUCACGGGCACUAUCCCGUACACCUUCUCAAACCUCAGACGUUUAUACGAGCUCGAUUUGAGUAACAAUUUAUUCUCCGGGGAAUUCCCUUAUGUUUUGCUCUAUCUACCUUCACUAAAGUUCCUUGAUAUCCGGUUCAAUCAGUUCCAGGGCAAGGUCCCUUCAGGUCUGUUCGACCUGAAGUUGGACGCCCUUUUUAUAAACAAUAACAAUUUCCAACUCACUUUACCGACCAGUUUAGGAAACUCGACUGUGUCCGUCUUAGUCGUGGCUAACAACAACUUCCAGAGCUCGUGCCUGCCGGCGGGGAUUGGAAAUAUGGCGGGCACUCUCCAAGAGAUUGUGCUGACGAAUGCAGGGUUAGGAGGGUGCUUACCGGACGAGGUGGGUUUGUUGACUCAGUUGACCGUUUUCGACUUGAGCUUCAAUAAUUUGAUCGGGAGUUUGCCGGAAUCGAUAGGAAAGAUGAGGGGACUCGAGCAGCUGAACUUGGCGGGGAACAAGCUUUCUGGAAAUAUUCCAGAGAGCAUUUGCAUGUUGCCGAUGCUAGAGAAUUUUACCUACUCGGGUAAUUAUUUUUGUGAGGAGCCGAGUUCCUGUUUGAAGCUUCAAAGUAAGGAUGAUUCUAGGAAUUGUUUUCAUUAUAGGCCCAGGCAGAGGUCCAUUCAAGAAUGUCACGAUUUUUAUUCUCGGCCGGUGGAUUGUACCGCCUCUGGCUGUUUGCCACCGCCUCCACCUCCGCCACCGCCACCACCGCCUCCACCACCACCACCACCACCACCACCGCCUCCUCCUCCACCUCCGCCUACGCCUAGGCCACCACCGUCUUUGCUGCCACUUCACGUUAAUCAUUCAUAA